ACCGCACCCCCACCAUCCCGACGUUGCCGCACGCACUGAAGCGCCUCCCACACCCUAGCUCUGCGCACUCCCUCCCAGCGAAGCGGUCGCCGCCGCCGCCGCCGCCGCCGCCGCCGCCGCCGCCCGCUUCUCGCCGCGCGCCGGCGGGAUGAUCCCUUUCAAUUCCGCCGUGGCCGAGGAGGUCCGCGCCCUGGUGCAGGGCGUCGACGACUCCACCUUCGACUCCACCCACCGCGAGCUCUGCCAGCUAGCAGACUGUAGUCCUGAUGGAUGCAGUUUGCUGCUUCGAGUUUGUUUGGAUGAAGUGCUGUUGAAUGCCGAGGCGGCAAAGUACUCUCGCUUGAAAAAUGAUCUCUUAUCAAUUGUUUUCAAGUAUUGUCUGGAUAAACCAUACUUUAGCACCAGUUUUUGUGAUGCACUGAAGACAGCACAUGUCAAUGAUUUGUUCCUUGUGACAUUGUCAAAUGAACUUAAUCUAUCUGCUGGAGAGAGGGUUGGCAUUGGGCUGGCACUGUCAGAUUCUGAAAAUCUAAGCUUGAUUCUUCAAGGGCAAAAGUUUUCAAUUGCUGAAAUCGAGGAGAUCUGCUCAAAUCCGGCCCAUGUUUUAUCGAAUGAUCAAAUUCAUGACAUUGUUGUGUUUCUUCACCAGACUGAUGGCCUCUCAAAGCAUAUGGAUUCUUUCACUAACAUCAUCUCCCUAUUAAAUGUCAAAGAGAGGCCAUUCUAUGUUCCUGUCCCAACCAAAGAAGGCAAUGCUCGAUCGACAAUUUCUUCAAGGCAUAUGGAACUGUGCACUGGUAGCUUUGAUGAUGAUUUUGAUUCCCUUCUAUCUGAAAUUGGGAAAGAAAUAAGCAUGUCUGACAUUAUUACUGAAUUGGGCUAUGGUUGUACUUCUGAUGUUGCUCAUUGUAAAGAAAUACUGUCACUUUUUGAGCCUCUUGAUGAUAUGGGAAUCUCUAAGUUGCUUGGAGCAGUCGUUUGCACUCGGGUUGGUCUUGCUGAUCCUCACAAUACAUAUUCAACGUUCAUGUUGGCUGUUGGCAACAGCCAACCAAGUGACCCAUCUCAAUUUACUGCAUGGAAUAUUGAUGUUCUUGUGGAUUCAAUUAAUGAAAUUGCCCCAAGGACUAAUUGGAUUACUGUAGUGGAAAAUCUUGAUCAUGAGGGUUUCUGUAUCCCUGACGAAGCAGCAUUUUGUUUGUUGAUGUCUAUAUAUUAUCAGGCCUGCAAGGAUCCGUUUCCUCUUCAUGUGGUCUGUGGGUCAAUGUGGAAGAAUACAGAAGGGCAGUUAUCAUUCUUGAAACAUGCAGUGGCUGCACCAACUGAUAUAUUUACAUUCAAACAUUGUUCCAGGAAGAUGGUAUUUCCAGAAUUGGCUAACCGCAUGCAAGGCAAUCAGGCUUGGUACUGCCUAGAUCUUCUAGAGGUCUUAUGCCGACUUGCUGAACUUGGUUAUGCAACAACAGUUCGGUCAAUGCUUGACUACCCUCUGAUUCAUUGCCCUGAUGUCUUACUUCUUGGCGUUAGCCACAUCAAUACUGCAUAUAAUCUCCUCCAGUAUGAAGUAUUAUCCUGUGUUUUCCCUAUGAUCCUGAAGGACACUACAUACAGUAGUCUUAUAAACUCUCUCUGGCAUGUCAACCCUUGCCUCACACUUCGUGGAUUUGUUGAUUCACAUUCUGACAUAAAUUGCCUUCUGAGAACUGUUGAGAUAUGCCAAGACCUAACGAUCCUAUCUGCAGUCCUUGAUUCCACCCCAUUUACAUUUAGCAUCAAACUUGCCACAGUUGCCUUUAGGCAAAACCAUAACAAUCUUGAGAAAUGGUUGGUCGAAAAGUUGACUGCUAAAGGAGAGACUUUUCUUGAGGAAUGUGUUAAAUUCUUGAAGGAAAUUAUGAUCAACACAACUUAUGAGGCAGUGGAAGGUGCUGUCCAACAACCUCAAGCCAUGAUUUCGGAUAUUUGCCGAGAAUCUUGCCCUCUAAUUAUAAAGGUUCUGCAAUCUCACUCGGGCCAGCUGUUGUCCAACCAAUUUGUGGAGGAACUAAGGAGAGUGGAAGCAGUGCAUGAAUCAAGGAAUCAUGGUGUUGUAGGAAGGGAUGUCCCUACUUCUGAGGGGGGUGCUGAUGACAUUGAAGCACAGGCAAAUAUAUAUUUUCACCAGAUGUUUUCUGGACAGAUAAGCGUUGAUGCUAUGGUACAGAUGCUUGCACGUUUCAAAGAAUCCACAAACAAGAGGGAGCUUUCGAUUUUCAAUUGCAUGGUCUCAAAUCUGUUCGAGGAGUACAAAUUCUUCCCAAAAUAUCCAGAUACACAACUUAAGUUAGCUGCUGUGCUGAUGGGAUCCCUCAUUAAGCAUCAACUUGUGGCUCACCUUGGGCUAGGAAUUGCUCUACGUAGUGUUCUUGAUGCCUUGCGUAAAUCUAUCGAUUCAAAGAUGUUCAUGUUUGGAACAACAGCGCUAGAGCAGUUUAUGGAUCGUUUAAUAGAGUGGCCACAGUACUGUAACCAUAUAUUGCAGAUAUCACAUCUUCGUGCAACACAUGCCGAAUUAGUUGCUGCAAUUGAGCGAGCACUUGCCAAGAUAUCAUCAAGUCAAAACGAGCCAAAUGUAGGCAGCAUGCUUUCUGCAGAUCAACACGGUUCAUCAUCUAUUGGAAAUAUGGAGGCUUCUGAAGCAUCAUGGCAGCUCAUCAAUCCAACUCCAACACAACUUGAACGGUCACACCAACAGAGGCACCAGGGUUUCCUUGGGGAGAGAUCCAAGGGCUCUGCAACCAUCAUUCAAGCCAAGAAUAUUCUUUCUAGUGGGCAAACACCACUUGCUUCAGCACCCGGUGAUUUGGCUGUCAAUCUAAAGGCUGCCACACCACCAUCCUCACAAGCUUCUCCUCAUCAUUCAACCACUGUAUCAGCUCCACAACCCACUGGUUUUCUGCGGUCUAGAAGUUCAGCUCCUUCAGGCAUUCGACAACCUUCCUUCACCACAGGAUUUGGAGCUGCGUUGAAUAUUGAAACUCUAGUUGCCGCUGCAGAACGAAGAGAUACGCCUAUUGAGGCCCCUCCUUCUGAAGUUCAAGACAAGAUAUUCUUUAUGAUAAAUAACAUUUCCACUUCUAAUAUGGAGGCUAAGGCAAGAGAAUUUAACGAGGUUUUGCAAGAACAGUAUUAUCCCUGGUUUGCGCAAUAUAUGGUCAUGAAAAGAGCAAGUAUUGAACCAAAUUUUCAUGACUUGUAUUUGAAAUUUUUUGACAAAGUUAACUCAAAGUCAUUGAAUAAGGAAAUGGUUAAAGCUACAUAUGAGAACUGCAAGGUUUUAUUACAGUCUGAUCUCAUAAAAUCUAGUUCAGAAGAACGUUCAUUGCUAAAAAAUCUUGGUAGUUGGCUAGGAAAGUUCACUAUAGGAAGGAAUCAAACAUUACGAGCAAAGGAAAUUGAUCCCAAAAUUCUUAUAGUAGAGGCAUAUGAAAGGGGAUUGAUGAUUGCUGUUAUCCCAUUUACAUCAAAGAUUCUGGAACCUUGCCAGUCUAGUAUAGCAUACCGUCCUCCAAAUCCUUGGACAAUGGGUAUUCUUAGCCUUCUCGUUGAGAUCUAUAACUUACCUAAUCUCAAGAUGAACCUGAAGUUUGACAUCGAGGUCUUGUUUAAGAAUCUUAGUGUUGAUAUGAAAGAUGUGAAACCAUCUUCUCUACUGAAAGAUCGUAUUCGGCAAAUUGAGGGAAAUCCAGACUUUUCAAAUAAAGAUGUUGGUGCAUCUCAAGCACCAGUAGUUGCAGAGGUUUCCUCUAGCAUCAUGCCUACAAUAAAUCAUGCGGAACCACAACCAGAGAUAAAUAGCGCUUCCCGUGCUACAAGCCUUCCAAAUAUGUUAAGUCAGUAUGCAGCACCUCUGCGUCUUCCUCUAAACAACAUGGUAGAAGAUGACAAAGCUGCUUUAAUCAUGCCUGAACAGGUUACCUCACACAGUUUGAGCCAGGUUUCACCAUCACAAACACCAUCAUUAUCAUCGUCUUCAUUUUCUCUUAGCCAGCUCAUGGCGGCAAUCCCACGUGCAGAUAUAUAUUUCAGAAUCAAUGAAAAGCUUAGCUCUUUUGGCUCGUUGCAAUACAGCAAAAUCAUGGAUAUGGCUUUGGAUAAGGCCAUCAAAGAGAUUAUAGGUCCUGUCAUUCAGAGAAGUGUUACAAUAGCCAGCCGAACAACUAAGGAACUUAUUCUAAAGGAUUAUGCAAUGGAAGCUGAUGAUAGUGCUGUAUCUCGCUCUGCACAUUUGAUGGUCGGCACACUAGCUGGAAGUCUAGCCCACGUUACAUCCAAGGAGCCUCUUCGUGUUGCUUUAUCAUCUCAUCUCCGCAGUCUUAUUCAGGGUAUAACUAAUAACAGUGAUACCACAGAUCAAAUUAUGCUUAUUCUAGUCAAUGAUAAUCUGGAUCUUGGAUGUGCCCUAAUAGAGACUGUUGCAACACGCAAGGCUGUUGAGAUGAUCGAUGGGGAAAUCAAGCAGCCCUUUUCACAACUAAGGAGACAAAAAGAGCUACUUGGAUCUGCAUAUUAUGAUGCUUUUCCUUACACUCAAGGUCUUAAGCGUGUUCCAGAUGCUCUUCGCCCUAAGCCUACUGGCCAUUUAUCUGCUGCCCAACGACGAGUGUAUGAGGACUUCAUUACUGUAUGGCACAGUCAAAGUAGUCAAAAUGCUGGUGCUUCAGCUACUGCUACAGCGAUGGCAGUUGCUCCAAGUAAUCCCAGUGUACCUCGAGUUUACAGUCCAAAUUCUGCACUGACAGACUCCAGUAGCUUUUCCAAUCUCCAUACUGCUCCAUUCAUAUCCGCAAAUCAGACAACAGAGCUGGCACAGGAAGAAUCAGAUCGUGGCGCUACACAUCUUUCAAGCCUUUCUGCAAAAAUUGGUACGAGUGACGCACCUUCCCAAGUUAUUGGAACCACAAAUGUUGCAUCUGUUUUUCCACCUACGGUUCCCAAUGACCUUCCAGUGGGUGAACUGGCAACUGCAAAUAAAGAUCUUGUCACUUCAGCACCACUUUCACCUACAACUGCUGUUGAUCGUAUGGGAUCUGUUUUUGCGGAACCUUUGAAUACUGGCGAUGCGCUGGAGAGAUACCAACAAGUUUCAAAAAAGCUGGAUGCUUUUGUUGCCAACGAUGGCAAAGAUGCAGAAAUUCAGUCUGUCAUUGCGGAAGUUCCUGACAUCUUACUUAGAUGUGUCAAUCGAGAUGAAGCUGCCUUGGCUAUUGCACAGAAGGUUUUCAGAAGUUUGUAUGACAAUGCAUCAAACAGUACAUAUGUUGCAUGGCUCCUAGCAGCUUUGGUUGCAAUACGUGAUGUUUGCAAACUUGUCGUCAAAGAGUUAACGAGCUGGGUAAUAUAUUCUGACGAAGAUAAGAAGUUUAAUAUCGACAUAAUUGUUGGACUAAUUCGUUCUGAACUGCUUAACCUUGGGGAUUACAAUGUUCAUUUAGCAAAGAUCAUUGAUGGCGGAAGAAACAAGGCUGCAACAGAGUUUGCUAUAUCACUUGUCCAGACAUUGAUUACCCAAGAAUCAAUUAGCAUCUCCGAGGUUUAUAAUGUUGUUGAUGCCUUAUCAAAGCUUGCAAUCAGGCCCAGUUCUCCUGAAUCAGUGCAGCAGUUGAUUGAAAUUGCCAGGAGUUUUUCUGCCAUGAAGGAUGAAAAUAUUCGGCAGUCAAGGGAUAAAAAGGUUUUAUCCGGUCGUCCUUUGAUGAAUAAAGAAGAAAAUAAUGCUAAUGAUGUUGCGUUCACUGAUGCUGUUGGUUUUCAGGAAAAGGUCGCAGUAUCAUUCUCUGAAUGGUGUAAUAUAUGCGAUCAUCCCACUAUGGGUGAUUCAGCAUACACUCAUUACAUUGUACAGCUACAACAGGAUGGCUUGCUAAAGGGAGAUGAUUUGACCGACCGCUUUUUCCAUAUUCUCGCGGAACUUGCUGUUGCACACUCUGUGGUCUCUGAGCAAGUAGUUGCUCCUGGAGGGAUUUCUCAGCAGCCAACCCAGCAACUCCAGAUCUCAUACUUCUCGAUUGAUUCAUAUUCAAAGCUUGUGGCUUUGGUAGUAAAGUACUCGUCUGUGGACAUUGGACCGAGUAAAGGAAGCCUUUUUAAUAAGAUUCUUUCUAUCAUAGUUAGGAUUGUUCAGAGAGAUGCUGAAGAAAAGAAAGUUUCUUUCAACCCUCGACCGUAUUUUCGGUUGUUUAUAAAUUUCCUUAGUGAACUUACUACUAAUGAUCUUCACCAUGAUAGUUCUAAUUUUCAGGUUUUGACAGCAUUUGCCAAUGCUUUCCAUGUGCUUCAACCCUUGAGAGUUCCUGUAUGGAGUUUUGCUUGGCUUGAGUUGGUAAGCCAUAGAAGCUUCAUGCCAAAGCUAUUACUGUGCAAUGCACAGAAGGGCUGGCCAUUCUUCCAGAGGUUGCUUGUCGAUUUGUUCAAAUUCAUGGAACCACAUUUAAGAAAUGCUGAACUGGGACAACCUAUACACCUGUUAUACAAAGGAACUUUGAGAGUGUUACUUGUGCUACUGCACGACUUCCCUGAGUUCCUUUGCGAUUACCACUUCAGUUUCUGUGAUGUGAUUCCCCCCAGCUGCAUUCAAAUGCGUAACGUCAUUCUUAGUGCUUUUCCACGUAACAUGAGACUUCCAGAUCCCUCUACUCCAAAUUUAAAGAUUGAUCUUCUUGCUGAGAUUUCAAUACCGCCGAGAAUCAUGUCUGAUGUUGAUGGUGCCUUGAAGUCAAAGCAGUUGAAGACACAGGUUGAGGAGUACCUUAAGAGACCAGAAGGAUCAUUUUUAACUGAUUUAAAGCAGAAGUUACUUCUAUCUCCCAAUGAAGCCAUUAUUGCUGGGACUCGUUACAAUGUACCUCUUGUUAAUUCACUUGUGCUCUCUGUGGGCAUGCAGGCUGUGCAUCAGUUACAGCUUACUAAAGUGAAUGCAUCAGCGUCGGGGCAGCAAAUGAACCAAAGUCCACUGGAUAUCCAGAUUGAAACAGCUACAGAUGUCUUCAGAAACCUUGUCAUGAAUUCAGAUACUGAAGGUCGCUACCUACUACUCAAUGCGAUUGCAAACCAGCUGCGCUAUCCAAACAACCACACACACUAUUUCUCCUUCAUAAUCCUCUACUUGUUUUCUGAGGCCACUCAGGAAAUAGUCCAGGAGCAGAUAACUAGGGUUCUUUUGGAACGCCUAAUAGUUAACCGACCUCACCCGUGGGGGCUACUCAUUACUUUCAUUGAGCUUAUAAAGAAUCCACGCUAUAGUUUUUGGGCUCGAUCAUUUACUCGCUGUGCACCUGAGAUCGAGAAGCUGUUCGAGUCUGUUGCAAGGUCUUGUGGAGGAAAAGCUGGAGACGACGGAGUUGGUCUCCCCGAUGGUGGCCAUUAAAUGCGCCUUGAUAUGUUCAAUUAGUUGUUAUCUGAUACAUAUCUAACAAUUCAAAUUCACCCCAAAUCCUACAUUCUACCUUUAGUCUUGUGCUUAUGUAAAAUACCAUCAAUGUCCAAUUAUCCAUUGAUUAAAUGUCCAUUAAUUGUAGGUUAGCUGUGUAUAAUCCUCAGGGUAGUUAGAAUUGGUAGCACUAGUCGCAAGCAAUUAAUACUUUGUCAUUUUUUCGGCAAUUAAUUAUAGUUUCUUUAUUCA